UGGGGUGCACCUUGUGAGGGACGUCGUCUCCCUGGAGCCUUGAUUUUGAGGGGCUGGGGUGGCCCGUUCAGCGCGGCGCCGCAGGUGCUCACCAGGCCCUCCAGGUACGGUCCAGGGGCAGGCAGCCCGCCGGGGCCUUGGCCGCGUCCUGGGGGUUUCUGCCUCCACGGGAGACCGUGGGCUUCGGGCGGCCCUGUUCGUCUUAAGGUGCUUCCUUGCGUGUUGGGACGUGGUGCCCCAGGCGUGCCCUGCGCUGACUCUGCCCACCCAGCAGUCAGCCUCCCCGACCCCCGGGACCGGGUCCUCCCGGUGCAGACAGGUGUGGAGGGGCCGAGCGUGUCGUGCCCUCGGCGCUGUUUUUCUAGGCCUCAUUGCACGAGGGCUUGGAGUGCUUGGGGGUUUCUCUGAACGCACGCUCACCACUUGUGCGGACACACCAUUGUGCCUGUGUUUCUGUACCUCUGGCCCGUGCGUGUUGGGAGCCAUGAGCCCACACCGGCUUCCCUGUCGUCUCCCUUUCCGCGAGACCUCCUCGGGCCCCGGCCCCCACACCAGCCCUUCCUCCACCUGGACGCACCGACGCCCCUACCAGGCUCGGUGGACCCUCCUCACCCCGCUUGGACUCGGGGCUCCAAGCCCAGUCAUGGCCACAGCUCACUCCGGCCACUGUCCCUGGGGUGGGAGCAUCUUGUGUGAGUGGCCAGGGAAGUGGCUCUCCUGUGCCCAGGCUUCACCGCUCAGCAGGGCACAGACUGCCGAGUUAGAAGGAAGGACUCGUUCACCUUCACGUGGCUUGUGUCCGACGAGGGGCUUCCGCUGCACUUCUGGUGGCAGCGCCCAGGCCCAGCUGGCGCUGGGAGACCUGGAAAGGGCCCCGCUGGUGACCCGCUGCGGACGAGUGGCGGAGCCCAGCCCCUGCCACCCUCAGUGCCAUGGCUGUGCGGUCCCCAGGGUGAGGGAUGGCGGGGCCCCAGUGUGGUGUCUCUGUCUUCUGUAGCCUCAGCCGGGGCGAGCGCGCUGCCUGUGGUGUGGCCCUGCGCUCAGGUUAGAUGAGGGACAGGGAAGCCCAGAGGCGCCAGUUGUCCCGGGAUGCGGACAGUCAGCGCCACGGUGCUGGUCUGGGUUCUGCGUGUGCGAGUGUGGGCGCAUGUGGUGGGCCCGGUGGUCGCUGUGUUUUAGGAGAGUCUGCCCGAGGAGCGGAGGGGCCUGAUGCAGGCGUGUUGGGUUUCACGUUUGAGGAGCACCGGGUGAGGAGGAGAAGGAAUGGCGGUCUCUGUCCCCGGAAAGCUCCGUCAGUCCCGCUGCACCGACCCACGCCCGCUGGCGUGCACUGGCCAGUCCCAGGAGGGCUGGGCCUGCUGUCCCGACGGUGGUUCUCGUGGGACAGGGAGCUUUGCUGUCUGGGGAGGCCUGUUCUCCAUGAUCGACUGCAGCCUGGUCCGGGUCCGAGGGAAGGAGGACCCCUGGAACUCCAUCACCAGUGGGGCUCUCACGGGAGCCGUCCUGGCCGCCAGAAACGGACCGGUGGCCAUGGUCGGGUCGGCCGCGAUGGGCGGCAUCCUCCUGGCUCUAAUCGAAGGGGCCGGCAUCCUGUUGACGAGAUUCGCCUCCGCGCAGUUUCCCAACGGCCCUCAGUUUGCGGAAGACCCCUCGCAGCUCCCUCCCGCCCCGCUGCCCGCCUCGCCUUUCGGAGACUACCGGCAGUACCAGUAGGCGCCUCCGACGGUGUGCAGGCGCUCAGGAGCGGUUCCCGGACCGUCGGGUUGCGGACUGCUCCGGAGACCGUGGGUGGGACAGCCGUGGCCACACAGGCCACACAGAGACAUCUAGUACUUUUUUCUAUUUAAAGGAGCACGGGGUGGGGGCCUUAGGAGACGACCGCGUAUUUAUUUACCCAAGGACUGCGUCCUUACGGAAGACGCAGGGUGCCGAGGAGACGCAGGGCCCCGGGGGCCCGCCUCGCCCCGGGGACUCCCGCCUGCUUCGUGUUCUGGUGGCCACACAAUAAAACUCCCGGGACUUGCUCCUUCUUUUAAGACAA